AUGCAAUACGUCAUCAAGAAGUUUCUUCUUCGCCGUACUGCCGUCCGCGCCAUCACUGCAUCGCCUUCCAAGGCUUUCCUUGCGAAGCCCCGAUCCAUCAACACCGCCACACCCUCUGCCUUCCGUCUAAGACAACAGCAAUGGUCAAUAUCAUCUUUCCAGAGACGAUUCGCUAGCGAUGAAGCUGCAAAGACAGAGCAGGCUGAGGCUGCCGCCGCCGACACCCCAGAGAACUUUGCGCAGACAGCCGCUGAGGCACCCGUCGAGGAGAACUUGACACCGGCUCAGCAAGAAGUGCAAGCCGAGCCCACCGACGCCUCUGCUACCGUUGGUGUCGACGCGCUAGAUGCUGCCGUUGAACACGCAGACAAAGGCAGGACGUUUAAGAAGUCACGGACUACACCCCCCAACAACAUGCUAUACAUUGGCAACCUGUACUACGAAGUCACUGCAGAGCAACUGAAGCGCGUCUUUUCCAAGUUUGGCGAUGUUGAGAGCACCAGGAUUGUCUACGACAACCGAGGCCUAAGCAGAGGCUUCGGAUAUGUCGAAUUCAAGAACGUCUCGGAUGCGCAAGCUGCUCUUGACAACCUCGACAUGCAGGUCUUCGAAGGCCGCAACCUGGUCGUCCAGUUCCACCAAGCCAAGCCCAACUCCAGGACCCGCAACACGAGCACAAACAAAUUCGAGGCCAACCCUCCUUCCAAGACACUGUUCAUUGGCAACAUGUCUUUCGAGAUGUCAGACAAGGACCUCAACGACCUCUUCCGCGAUGUUCGCAACGUCAUGGAUGUCCGUGUGGCCAUUGACAGGAGGACCGGCCAGCCCAGAGGCUUUGCUCACGCAGACUUCAUCGAUGUUGCUAGCGCCACCAAGGCCAGGGAGGUUCUGAAGGAGAAGACCAUCUACGGCAGGCAACUCCGCGUCGACUUCAGCAAAUCUGGCACGGAACAACAGCGCAGCAAGCGUUCCGACUCUACCCAGGAGUAA